GCGUUAGACACACUGGAAUCGAAGGGAGUGCUUAAGCUCCCUAAAAGCCUGCGCAUGGAAGACGGUCCUUACGAGGAGUUCGCCAGGGAACACGGUGAAGUACCUGGUUGGACCCGUGGGAUUCGUUCUGGAAAGGCGGUGCGGAGGAAGCGCCAGGCGUAUAUUCGCCAUCGUAUAGAGGAAGGUGAGGACCCUGACCAGGUGGCGAUUGUUCAUCAGGAUGGUCAGGCGAGACCUCUUCACACGCCAAGGACUUGGGGGCCGAACGCGGAUUCUUCAGACGAUGGUGUCGGGCUUGCGGGGUAUCCAGAGCCUCGGAGGUCGCUCAGUGAUUUGAGUUCGGUGCAGUUGGUCCCUCAGUCGGCGUUGUAUCAGCCUGUGCGCACAGGUGGGCUGGUUCCCAAAGCCCGUGGUUUUUCAGAUCCCUACGACAAGGGGAAAAGCAGAGCUGCGUCGGCAUUUGCAAAGCCUAAGGCUAGUGCAUCUGCUUCUUCGUCGGUGGUUUCUAAGGCGAAGCCUGUCUCUGCUCCAUCUUCCUCAUCACAGCCGCGAGUGAUUACAAUUGAAGACGGUUCGGUUGUUGAGGAGAACAUUGGGAAGUUGCCGGGAUCGGCAAUCGUGCUGGAAUGGCACCAGGUGCUGGACACCGAUCGCAUUACAAAGUGGCGUGCUGAGUGGAUUGACGCUGACGGGCAGGAAUUGUCCGAUGAAGAUGUUCCUCAAUGCCCGCCGGACAACAAUGAUGAGCAUGAGGAACCUCCCGACCGUUCGUCAGUUGCUGGUCUGUCAGUUGUUGCCGAAGUCGCGACCAUGUCCUUCAAGAUGGGUCAUUGGUGUUGGGCUCCAGCGACUUUGCUAAGCGAUGCAUCGCACUCAAUCAAGAGCUUAGUGGAAAAAGCUCCAAAAGCCGCGAGAUCGCCACAUCUUGAAGAUGGAUCUCUUCUGGCUGAGGAGGAUGCUGUUAAAGGCCAAUUGUCUUCAGUUGCGGCGCGGCUGGUGAUGAAAUUCAUGAUUUUGGAAGACAACAAAGCUGUUAUCUCAAUCAUCGCCAAAGGUUUCUCACAGAAACUGCGGCGUCUUGCCAAGACGCAUCGUGUUCAU